CGCAGCUUUCGGUACCCAGGCGGGAAGUGAGCAAAAGUGCAAAGCGGGAGGAGCCCCUAGAAGCUCCGAGGGCCGCCAGUCCCUAGCGGCGAGGCCGAGCCCAAGAAAAUGCAAGUGCCAGAGGUUGGCGGGUCGGUUUGCGACAGGUCCGACCCUGAGGGCCUUCAGAUGCAAGGGGGCGGGGGCUCCUGGCGACUGGCCGCCGAGCCGGGGCGGGCCGGGCCGCGGGGCAUUUAAACCUGGCGGACUGCCAGAGAGGGACACGCGCCCGGCUCCGCGCCCUCCGUCGGCCACCGGCUCCGCGCCCUCCGUCGGCCACCCUCUCCGCUUCGGAUACGGGCCGGGCGCGAUGCGGUCUUCCUUGGCUCCGGGUGUUUGCUUCCUGCUCGCCUUCUCCAGGGACAGCUGGUUCCGAGGCUUCAUCCUGCUGCUGACCUUCUUCAUCUAUACCUGUUAUCACAUGUCCAGGAAGCCCAUCAGUGUCGUCAAGAGCCGUCUGCACCAGAACUGCUCGGAGCUGGUCAAGCCCAUCAACGACAGCUACAGCCUCAACGACACGACGUGGUGUGACUGGGCUCCAUUUGAUAAGAACAACUACAAGGAGUUACUGGGGGCCGUGGACAACGCCUUCCUUGUGGCCUACGCCAUCGGCAUGUUCAUCAGCGGGAUUUUUGGGGAGCGGCUCCCCCUCCGUUACUACCUUUCAGCUGGAAUGCUGCUCAGUGGCCUUUUCACCUCGCUCUUUGGCCUAGGAUAUUUCUGGAACAUCCACAUGCUCUGGUACUUUGUGCUCAUCCAGAUCUGUAAUGGACUUGUCCAGACCACAGGCUGGCCCUCCGUGGUGACCUGCGUUGGCAACUGGUUCGGGAAGGGAAAGCGGGGGCUCAUCAUGGGCAUCUGGAACUCACACACAUCCGUGGGCAACAUCCUGGGCUCCCUGAUCGCUGGCGUGUGGGUGAACGAGCAGUGGGGCCUGUCGUUUGUGGUCCCGGGCGUCCUCACUGCUGCCAUGGGUGUCUUCACCUUCCUCUUUCUCAUCGAAUACCCAGAAGAUGUGGACUGCACGACUCCUCAGCACCACACAAGUGAUGGGCUGGACGAGAACCAGGACAGCCCUGCGGACCGUGGGAACGGUCCCUGCAUUAACAAGGAGAGCAGUCCGGAGAGUGCGGCCAGGCACUCCAAGGAGCCAAGGGCUCAGCCUGCCGCCAUCAGCUUCCUCGGGGCGCUCCGGAUCCCGGGUGUGGUCGAGUUCUCCUUGUGCCUGCUCUUUGCCAAGCUGGUCAGCUACACCUUCCUUUACUGGCUGCCCCUCUACAUCUUCAAUGUGGCUCACUUUAGUGCCAAACAGGCCGGGGACCUGUCUACCCUCUUCGAUGUUGGUGGCAUCAUGGGCGGCAUCAUGGCAGGGCUCAUCUCGGACUACACCAACGGCAGGGCCACCACCUGCUGCGUCAUGCUGAUCUUGGCCGCCCCCAUGAUGUUCCUGUAUAACUACAUUGGCCAGAACGGGAUUACCAACUCCGUAGUAAUGCUGAUCGUCUGUGGGGCCCUGGUCAACGGCCCUUACGCGCUCAUCACCACUGCGGUCUCUGCUGACCUGGGAACUCACAAGAGCCUGAAGGGCAACUCAAAGGCACUCUCCACUGUCACGGCCAUCAUCGACGGCACUGGGUCCAUAGGUGCUGCUCUGGGGCCUCUGCUAGCCGGGCUGAUUUCCCCCACAGGCUGGAACAAUGUCUUCUACAUGCUCAUCUCUGCCGACAUUCUGGCCUGCUUGCUCCUCUGCCGGUUGGUGUACAAAGAGCUCCUAGCCUGGAAGUCAUCCCUGAGCAGAGACAGAGGGUAUAAAGAGAUAUGAAGUCCUGAUUCGAAGAGAAGCACGGAGGGCCCCAGCUGAUGCCCAAAGUGCUCCCUCCUGCCCCCUCACUGGGGGCAAGACAAUGGAACCGGCCACAGACGGGCUGACAGGGCCGCAGAGGGGCUGGGAGGUUCUCGCGGGAAGGGGCCUGCCAGCAUGAGGGAUGCAGGACUCAUGGCCCUGAGCUCUGGAAGCGCAAGCAGAAGGGUUGGGGAUCAGAGCUGAGUGGUGUCUCCAGCUUGGUAAGGGAAGGAUAUGCUCAGACUCUUGCUUGUUCAGAAUCCAAGACAGAAGGCAGGGGCCUGACAUGUGCCAAGGCCCGGCAAAGGUGUGUCUCUCCUUCCCAUGUGGAAAGUGAACCUCAGUGAUCGGCCUGUCCCUGUCCAUGGAUUUCUGACCCUGUUUCAGAGCCGCCCAUCCUCGCUUCCUUCCUUUGUCCACGAGCCAGUUCUCUCGUGUAUUUCCCCAUGUUGGAACCCCUUCUACCCUGCAUUGGAUCCUCUUUCUGACUCCUGACCCGAGCCAAUUAAAGUGUUGUUGCUGAA